ACGAGUCCUUGAUUGAUGGAGGUGGUGGGGUGUGUAAGGUGGGUGAGAGCGGAGCACGUGCGGAGGUGGCAGAGUCGGGCUUGGCGCCUUCGUCAUUGCCGGGCGUCGACAUGGCCUCAGCAAACGUGUCAAGACGUGCCCGCAACGCGCCGCAUAACCACCACCGAGGCUUCGACACCUCAGAUGGACCUCCGCACAUCGCUCGCUCUGGAGUCACGCUAGCAUGACAUUCACCAUGAGUCGGCUACAGAUGUACAUCGCGAGCUCGGCCGUCCUGGCCAACAUUGUGCUGGUGCGCGCCUUCGUCGAGCGCCCCAAUUUCUACUCGGCCGCCGUGUACAUAUCCCAGAGCACCGGCUCGAUCCUGUUUCUGGCCAACCUCGCCCUGAUUGUCAUGGGAAGCGUCGGAUAUGGCCUCCAGCGACUCUUCUACGGCCCCCUGCGCCCCAUCGAGACAGAGCAGCUGUACGACAAAGCAUGGUUCGCCGUGAGCGAGACAUUGCUGGCAAUGACCAUCUUCCGCGAUGACAUCGGCCUGUGGUUCUUUGCCAUGUUUCUGUGCCUGCUUGCGGGCAAGGUGUGGCAAUGGAUCGGAGAGGGUCGCGUCGAGUUCCUCGAACAACAGCCUCCGGCGAACCCGAAACUCUUCCACGCGCGUCUGAUGAGCUCCCUGCUCCUCUCGGUUGGCUACGACCUCUUCAUGGUCUUCUAUUGCAUCGACUCGGUAUUGGCAGACGCGCGAGCAGGCGUCAUGGUCAUGUUUGGGUUCGAGUACGUGCUCCUGGCCAUCGCAUCGAUAUCCACCCUUUUGCGCUACGGCCUGUCGCUCGUUGAGCUCGCCAUUACGCACCGCCAAGAACAGGCACGGGAUGAAGUCCGCAGGGUUGUCCGCGAACAAGCCAGGCAGCGCAGAGAGGCAGCCGAGGCUGCUGGAGAGCCUGUCGCCGAGGAAGAGGAUGAAGAUGACGACGAUGAUGUUCCUGGCUGGGAAGAGAAGGGUCGCUGGGUCUUCUUCUUGGACCUCAUGACGGACGCCAUCAAAUCCAUCGUCUACAUGGUUUUCUUCUUCCUCCUUCUGACCUUCUACGGCAUUCCUAUCCAUAUUGUGCGCGAUCUAUUCAUGACGCUCCGCUCUUUCGUCAAGAGGCUCCACGACUUCUACCAAUACCGGAACGCCACACGAGACAUGAAUGCCCGCUAUCCAGACGCUACUGCUGAGGAACUGGAGCGCGAGAACACGUGCAUUGUCUGUCGCGAAGAAAUGCAGCCCUGGGUGGAACCAGGAGAAGCAGCACAGCCUGGCCGUCGCAGAAUGGAUGAGCGACAACGAGCAAAGAAACUCCCAUGCGGACACAUCCUACACUUCAACUGUUUGCGGAGCUGGCUCGAAAGACAACAGGUCUGUCCCACGUGCCGGAGAUCCGUACUCGCACAACCGACAGCCCCGACCAACACUCAGAACCAAGCAAACGCAGGCCAAAUAAACUUGCCAGGUCCUGGCCUCGACGAUCUUCGCCGCUUGCACGGCAAUAUGCAGCCACCGGCAGUUCCUGCUCAACCAGGCCAGUACCAGCCUGCGCCUCAAGCGGGUCAACCAAACCAACCCCAAGGCAACGUAAGGGUCUUCAACUUUGGCCCCGUUCGCAUUGCCCUCGGCAAUUUGCGCCUCCCUGCGAAUCGACCCGCUGAAGGUAAUGCCAAUGCUAACAAUAACCUCCUGAUGGAGAGACUUGCUCAGCAGAUUGCUCAGCAACCUAAUCCUCUUCAGCCUCAACAGCAAGUCCAGGACCAGGGCAUUCCUCAGCUGCCGAAUGCCUUUACCUCACUUCCUCUUGGUGGUGUCCCACAUCACCCCAAUGACAUUCAAGGGGAUAUUCUACGCAUCCAACAGAAUAUCUUAACCUCGAUGCAGCACCUGCAAAAUCAGCAUCAUCAACUGGAUAAUGUACACGCUCUCCUGGCCGAACUGAAUCGUCUUCAACAAGUUUCAGGUGCGGCAGCAGUGGGACAAGACUUACCACCCAUUGCCUCACUAAACCCCCAACCCAUCCCGCCGAUUAAUCCGCAGGCUUAUUUCACGAAUGGUCCGGUGCUUCGACAGGGCGAUGCUGGUGUGCCUGAGGGAUUAACCCUCCCGGACGGUUGGACUUUGAGGCCGAUGGCUUUGGCUUCACAAAACGGGAGCACAGAAGCACCCGCAUCAACGGAAACGGGCCCAUCAGGCACAGCCCGCAGGUAUUUCCCGGCUGUGCAAAGCUCACCGGCCCCGGCGCCUGCGUCAUCUUCCAGCCCGCCACCGACCUCCAAUCCGACAGCCGGACUGCCUUCCACUGCUGCACCGUCCGAGCCAAGCUCUCUGGGUUCGAGUUGGAGCUUUGAUAACGCUGGUAACAACGAGGGUGAAGGUUCCAGCUCUGCUGUCGUGGGGAGUGGACCUGAAGCUCAAGGCUCUAACCAGCUCCGCGCACGCCCGUCAGCUGCGGGUAGCAGCGGCCCCCGACCGGUUACCGUAGAGGAGACGGACGAUGAGUAAAGUACACGAUUGGUUCUAAGUAUGAACAUAUUGGCAUUGGCAGCAUAGCGAGGCGUUUGGGAUGUCGUGUGUGAUUGACUGUUCAGCAAGACCGGUCGCGGUCGCGGUAGGGAGGGCACAAGUUAGAUUUUUCACGUACGAUACCACAAUGCACACGACAAGGUCGUCCU